AACCUACGCAGAGGAACCUGUUCAUCCCCAACCUGCAGGCCAGGCUCGUGUCCCUGUCCGUGGUAGCAUUGGAGAUGCCCCCGGGCCAUGACAUACAAGUGCGAGCACCCACGACCAUGCAUGUUCAAGUCAGGUAGUAUAAAGCAGCUCAUUUUCCCUCUGGCCCCCGUAGUAGUAGCCCGUUGGUCCCUCCCCAAGGCUCUCGACCCGACUCGCCUUGCCAAUCCCCCCCUUCUCCGAGUCGCUUCUAGCCCAACGAGACUACUUCUUUCCGGAGAACAAGCUCUCGGUCAAGAUGCAUUCCACCCCUCUGCUGUGGGCGUCAGCCUUGCUGCUCCCCCUCGUCUCUGCCCAGAACAGCACCUCUGGCCCGGAUGAGAAUGGCAAGUACUGGAUUUAUGGCACGGGCAUCUCGGCUUCCUUCAUCCCGUAUGGCGCCUCCAUCUCGAACUUGAUCAUCAAGGACAAGUAUGGCAUCGACCGUGACAUUGUCACUGGCUUCGAUAAUGCCUCUUAUUACGAGAUUGACAGGCAGCACCCGCACUUUGGCGGCGUGCCCGGACGUUAUGCCAACCGCAUCAAGAACAGCACGUUCGAGAUUGACGGCGAGACCUUCAACAUCACGCCAAAUGAGAACCCCACGCCAGAGGCGCCCGACGGAGCAGACACGCUCCACGGCGGCCUGGACGGCUGGGACUGGCGCAACUUCACGGUCGAGUCUGUCUCCGAGGACAGCAUCACCUUCAGCAUCUUCGACCCGGACGGGAAGGAGGGCUUCCCCGGCGACGUCGUGUCGUACAUCACGUACACGCUGGGCGACAUGACCUGGGACUUCAAGAUGGUGGCCCUGUCGCUGACCAAGAAGACGCCCAUCAUGCUGAGCUCGCACACGUACUGGAACCUGGACGGCUUCGCCAACAACGAGACCAACACCGCGCUCAACCACACGCUCUACAUGCCCUUCAGCGGCCAGCGCGUCGACGUGGACAACAUCCUGAUCCCCACGGGCGACAUCCUGGCCAACAAGGCGGGCUCCGUCAACGACUUCUGGAGCGAGCCCAAGCAGCUCGGCGCCAACCUCACCAGCCCGGAGCUGGUCAACAACUGCGGCUUCAACUGCACGGGCUACGACACGUGCUACCUGGUCAACCGCGCGCAGAACGGGCCCUACGACUGGCGCGAGGACGGCGGCUUCGUCGCCUCGCUGUCGUCCCCCUGGUCCGGCAUCACCGUCGAUGUCUACACCGACCAGGACGCCUUCCAGGUCUACAGCUGCAACGGCCAGAACGGGUCCAUGGCCCUCAAGUCCACCCAGGGCAUCCUCGACGACCCGGACUUCCCCCGCACCAUCCCCAAGUACGGCUGCGUCGUCAUGGAGGUCGAGGACUACAUCGACGCCAUCAACCAGCCCGAGUGGCAGAGGGAGAAGAAGCAGAUCUACGGGCCCGGCGACGACCCGUACGUCCUCCAGGCGAGCUACAGGUUCAGUGUCAACUAGUGUGGCUGAGCUGCGGCGCUCGCUGUGGGAGGGUGUUGGUGGUCUUUUGGGGGGUUCAAGGGUACUUAAGCUUAAU